GGCGUGGGCGGCCGUUGCUGCCAAGCGGGCGCGCGAGGCGCCGUCCGGGCGCUUUCUGUGGCUGUGGCGGCGGCGGCGGCGGCGGCGGCGGCGGGUGCGAUGACGGCCGAGUUGCAGCAGGCCCAGGAGGGGGGCGCGGCUGCCGCCGGGAGCCAAAGACGGGGUGGCAGCGUGCUCAUUAACCAGCUGAGAGAGAUCACAGGUAUUCAGGAUCCUUUGUUCCUCCUUGCAGCCCUGAAGGCUGCUGAUGGAAACUUAAUGCAGGCAGUUGGCUUCCUCACUGAGCACCACGCUAAAGAGUCGGGCCAAGAAGCCGUUGCUACAGAACCAUCUGCCUGUGAAGGAAGUGUGGCUGGCAAAAAUCAGGCAACCGGUCCAGUUGAAGCAACUCAAGAUGGUAAAGCUGCUCUGCAGGAAGCUGUUUCUUCUGGAGCUUCAGAUUUUCCAAGCAUUCAAGUCACAGAGAAGAAUCAUAACGCAACAGUGAAUGUAGGCUACGAACCAAGUGUGGCGGAAAGCAACAAUCGCUCCAAAAGGAAACGAUGUGAUGUCUGGGGAGACAACUCUGCCCAAAACGAGUGGAGGAGAGCAGGUGAAUGGCCAGUAGGGAUGAGGAAUAUUGGAAAUACUUGCUGGUUCAGUGCAGUCAUGCAGUCUCUCUUCCAGCUGCCAGAAUUCCGACGGUUGGUUCUCGGCUACUCCCUCCCAGAGAGUGUACUUGAAAAUUGUCAAAGCCCAAGUAAGAAGAGGAACAUUGCAUUCAUGCAGGAACUCCAGUAUCUCUUUGCUUUAAUGCUGGGAACACUCCGUAAAUCUGUAGACCCUUCUGCAGCCCUGGAACGUCUCAGAUGUGCAUUCAGAUCUCCAGAGGAGCAGCAGCAAGAUGUGAGCGAAUUUACCCACAAACUUCUGGAUUGGCUAGAAGAUGCUUUUCAGCUGGCUGUAGAUGUUAAUGGUAGCUCCCAGGACAAAUCUGAAAACCCAAUGGUACAACUUUUUUAUGGGACAUUUCUUACUGAAGGUAUUCAUGAAGGCAAGACCUUUUCCAAAAUAGAGACCUUUGGCCAGUAUCCCCUGCAGGUAAAUGGUUAUAAGAACUUGAAUGAGUGUCUGGAAGGAGCCAUGAUAGAGUGGGAGACAGAACCAUCAUCAGCCAAUCAGUCAGUGAAGUAUGGGCAACAGCGCUGGUUUACGAAACUUCCUCCAGUGUUAACUUUUGAACUUUCCCGUUUUGAGUUUAAUCAGUCACUUGGACAGCCAGAGAAGAUACACAACAAGCUAGAAUUCCCACAGAUAAUUUAUAUGGACAGGUUCAUAUAUGGUAACAAAGAACUUAUUCAAGCCAAAAGAGAAAAGAUCAAGAAACUAAAAGAUCAGAUAGCAGUUCUGCAGCAGAAAUUGGAAAGGUACACAAGGUAUGGUUCUGGUGUGGGCCAUUUUCCUUUGCCAGAUAUGCUGCAGUAUGUUCUUGAAUUUGCAAGUACCAGGUUGCCGACGGUUGCACCCUCCACUCAAGCCUUGACACCAACAGCUGAAUGCCAAACAUCAGAGACCCCUCGAGCACAAAGCAGGGUAACAGUGAUACAAGCUGAAAGUGCCAGAGGUGUAGCCUCUUCCCUAGCCACAUCUCACCAGGGACUAGUCAACAAAUCCCUCCAGUCACCCAGACCUCCUGUAGAGAUGCCAGAAUAUCCCAUCCCCCGUCAGAUCACAAAGGAUGAAAUAAGUCUUGUUAUGACCUGCUUGCAACGAUGGCGAGAAGAGGUUGAGCAGGACAUAGAAGAAUUGAAGAACUCCAUUGCGCUGCUUUCUCAGUCCAUUGACCAGAUGUACUCUGAUCCUCUGCUCCAUCAGGUCCCUUUUCACUUGCAUGCUGUCUUGGUCCAUGAGGGCCAGGCCAAUGCUGGCCAUUACUGGGCCUACAUCUACAACCAGCCCCGAAAGAGCUGGCUCAAGUACAAUGACAUUUCUGUGACAGAGUCAUCCUGGGAAGAACUGGAGAGGGACUCUUUCGGGGGCCUGAAAAAUGCCAGUGCCUACUGCCUGAUGUACAUAAAUAAAAAGCUACCACACUUUGCUGCAGACAAUGUCGAUGGGCAGGUCCACCAGAGAGAAGUGGAAGCUCUCCCUCUGGAACUCCAGCACUACAUACAAGACGACAACUGGAGGCUUGAGCAGGAGGUGGCAGAGUGGGAGGAGCAGUCCAGCAAGAUGGCCCAGAUAGAUCAGUCGUCGUCGGUGGAGUCUCAGGAUCUCUCUUCCGAAUCGGGACAAGGACAGUCUUGUUCCUCCUCCUCCUGUGAACGGAUGGCGCAUUCCCUCUCCUCUGAACAUGCCAUGAUCGCCAAAGAUCAGACAGCUCAAGCCAUUGCCAAGACAGCUGAUGCAUAUGAGACGGCUGGUGGGCGGGCAGCUCUUGACAAGUCAAAGGAGGCAGAGCCAGUGAAGGACCUCCCGCAAGAAGCAAACUUCACCACUCAGGCAGAAGAGCUGCAGGAUGCUCAGGGGACGGAGUCUUCUGCUCCACCUAGCUCGCAGAUCUCCGAAGUGGAUAUCCCCAGCGUGGGAAAGAUUCUAGUUAGAUCAGAUGCAGAUGAAUAUAAUGAGGAGAUGAUGCUCAGUCCCGCCAUGCAAGGUGUGAUCCUGGCUAUUGCUAAAGCUCGUCAGACCGUUGAUCGGGAUGGGUCUGAAGCGGGGCUAGUUAAGGCAUUCCAUGAAGAAUACUCCAGGCUGUACUCGCUGUCCACAGAGACUCCAACACCACAAAAUGACCCCAGGCUCCAGCAUGUCCUCGUUUACCUCCUGCAGAACAAUGCUCCAAAGCAAGUGGUAGAGCGGACCCUUCUGGAGCAGUUUGCAGACAAAAACCUCAGCUACGAUGAAAGAUCAAUUAGCAUUAUGAAGGUAGCACGAGCCAAGUUGAAAGAGAUUGGCCCUGAUGAGGUAGAUAUGGAAGAGUACAAGAAAUGGCACGAAGACUACAGUUUGUUUCGCAAAGUGUCCAUUUACCUGUUGACAGGCUUGGAACUCUACCAGAACAAACAGUACUAUGAGGCUCUGACCUACCUGGUCUAUGCCUAUCAGAGCAAUAUGGCCUUGCGGAUGAAGGGACCCAAAAGAGGCGCAGAUGCAUCUUUAAUUGCUGUCUACAGACGGAAAUGUCUCAUGAAACUGAAUGAUGCUGCGGCAGCUCUGUUUGAAAGCAGCAAUGAGCUGAAUGUGGACGAAGGUGUGAACAUCUUGAAUGAGCUGAUCAUACCCUGUAUGCACCUCAUCAUAAACAAUGAUAUCUCCAAGGAUGAUCUGGAUGCCAUUGAAGUCAUGAGAAGCCGUUGGUGUGCUUACCUGGGAAAAGACAUGAAUGAGGACCUGCAACUGAAGCUAGGUGAAUUUCUACCCCGUCUACUGGAUUGUUCUCCUGAAGGAGUAGUUCUGAAAGAGCCACCCAAGAUCCGCCCCAACUCUCCCUAUGACCUCUGCAGUCGAUUUGCAGCUGUUAUGGAGUCCAUUCAUGGGGCCUCAACUGUCACCGUAAAUUAAAAAUUUCAUGCCUGUACUGUAUUGAGCUCUGGAGGCCACAGCCACCUUUGGAAUGAAGCAGUCAGGAGUGAGAUGCUACAUUGAAACAAUCCACACCCAGACCUAGCCAGUACUGUGCCUAGAAAAGAGCUAAAAGGAACACGACAUCUUCUGGUGUGCACCACAUAUGGGUAGGGACUAAUUUGGAACAUGUACUGAGCUUUCACAGUUGUAUUUUGCCUCACAGCAUUUGUCUUGGCUUUCUGCAAGAACACAGGAGGAAGACUUUUAUAAGAAAUUGCCAUUUUAAACAGAGUGUAUUGUACAUAGAUAUACUUCUUAUUGUGCUCACUUCAUGUGGUGUGGCCAGUGGUUUAAUAUGCUCAUUGUGAGCAUUUCACGCACACCUUGUUAUCUUUUAAACACGCUCUCUGUGUAUGCUGGUCCAUUGAUGUGUAACAUGCCAGCAAAGUGCUACUAAUGCUGAUAGCUGCUGUGCUAAAACUACAGAUGAAAGGGCCAACACAUGGGAGUGCAUUUAAAACACCCUGGGGCACAUGUCGAUGUCCUGUUUAAACUGCACCUCAGUGGCAUGGAAACUGGGCUGGUUCACGGAAAAAGCCAGACUGAGUCAGAGGUAGGGGUUUAAGUGAUAACUCACAUGCACCUUUUUGUGGAAGAAACCCUUAAAACUGGAGCCUACACAUUGAGUUCCCAGCUUUCUUCUAGUGGUGAAGUAAGAGAAUGAGCUGGCAGCCUGUAUGGUACACGAAGAGACAUACAUGCACAUUGUGUCUGUGUGUUAGCACCUCAAGCACAGUUGUUGCUGGUGCCCCUGGGAGAAAUGGUGAUGGUGUCAAUGUUUUAUGAUGGCUGCAAAACUGCAGAAAUCAUUGCAAGACAAGUGUAGAGGCGCAAAGGAAAACCCAUAAGGAAACUGCUUUCUGUGACCUGCCAAAGUAUAUUUCCUUCAAUAUCAGUCGCCAAAUUUUCAUUACCAGGGUAGUAUUGCAGUGACAAGUUCUCUAAAGUCAGGAUGAAACCUUUUAAAUAACAUACAGCUUAAGCGGUUUAUUUUCCUGCAGAUAUUUCUAAACAACCUUUGUUUUAUUGGAGCACUGACAAAUCAGGAUGUAAAUGGAAAUACAUAUUUCAUAAGCCUUUUUCUGUUCUAAUUAAAAGUGCAAUAAUUUUA